GAGUGAAAUCCCGUCAGAGGGCGCUGGUGUGCAGUGAGAAGACCUGGUUCUGUCUUUCUGUUCUCUCUUUUCGAGUUUUGAGAACGUGGGAAAAUCACCCAGAAUGGGACGUGUAAUUCGUGCUCAGCGUAAAGGAGCGGGAUCUGUGUUUAUUGCACACACCGCUAAGCGACGGGGAGCUGCCAAAUUCCGGCAGUUGGACUUCUCCGAGCGACAUGGAUACCUCAAGGGAGUCGUUAAGGACAUUGUUCAUGAUCCAGGCCGUGGUGCUCCACUAGCCAUUGUCCAUUUCCGCGAUCCCUAUCGCUAUAAGAUCCGCAAGGAAUUGUUUAUUGCUCCCGAGGGCAUGUACACCGGGCAGUUUGUCUACUGCGGUCGCAAGGCCAAUUUGCAGAUUGGGAAUGUGAUGCCUGUGGGUCAGAUGCCCGAAGGUACCAUUGUUUGCAACUUGGAGGAGAAGACUGGCGAUCGUGGACGCCUUGCCAGAACAUCCGGAAACUACGCCACGGUUAUUGCUCACAAUCCGGACACCAAGAAGACACGUGUAAAGCUUCCCAGUGGCACCAAGAAGGUCGUCUCCUCGUCCAAUCGUGCAAUGGUUGGAAUUGUAGCUGGUGGCGGAAGAAUUGACAAGCCCAUCCUGAAGGCAGGACGUGCCUAUCACAAGUACAAGGUGAAGAGGAACGCCUGGCCAAAGGUUCGUGGUGUUGCCAUGAAUCCUGUGGAGCAUCCUCACGGUGGUGGUAAUCAUCAGCACAUCGGUAAGGCCUCCACUGUUAAGAGGGGUACUUCUGCUGGUCGCAAGGUCGGUCUGAUUGCUGCCAGGCGUACCGGAAGGAUCCGUGGUGGCAAGGGAGAAGAGAAGAAGGAUACAGGAAAGUAAAAAUUGUAUUCCUGAUUCUCAAUAAAUUUCCUGGCAUAAUUUUUAAAGAACAA